GCCAUCCACCCUUCCCUCUAGUUGUACUUCGCGACUGCCAUCCACCCGCCUCCAAGUGUCCUCCUGGAAUCACUCAAAAAUAUUUGACUAUGUCGACGGACGCCAAACCCACGGAACCAACCGCGGCACCCGCACCAGAGGCAGACGUCGAGAUGGAAGGCGGAAAGGAUGACUUCACGAAGAUUUCUGCUGCACGAAAACAAGUCGAGUUUUACUUCGGCGACUCCAACCUCCCAUUCGACAAGUUCAUGUGGACGCUUCACAUAGCCGACAAGGAGCACUGGGUCCCCAUCAAAACAAUCGCGUCGUUCAAGCGCAUGCGGGACUUUGUCCCGUACGGGCUGGAGUGGCUCGUGGAUGCGCUGCGUGCCAGUGAGGAGCUUGAGCUUGACGAAUCCGGGGAGAAGGUGCGUCGGUUGACGGAGCUGCAACCACCAAAGGGGCAGUUUGAGCGGAGCGUAUAUGCGAAAGGCUUCGGUUCGGAAGACUCCGGCCUGCAGAAGAAGCUCGAGGAGUUCUUCAACCAGUAUGGCCAGACGAACGCGGUUCGCAUGCGCCGGGUGGACGGGAACAAGGAGUUCAAGGGAUCAGUAUUCGCCGAGUACGCCGACAUCAAAGGUGCUGAGGCGUUCCUGAACGCGGACCCGAAGCCGACAUGGGAGGGUGGCGAGUUGCUCACGAUGUCCAAGGAGGCGUACUGCGACAUGAAGAUCAAAGAAAAGGGUCUGACGGGCAAGGCAGCGCAGAUGCGCAAGGACAGUGUCUCGUCGCGUAAGGGCUUCAACGCGUUCCGCGAGAUGGAGCAGGAGAAGAAUGGCGGCAAGCCCGCGGGCGGGAAGGAUAGACCCAAGCCCGAGAUAUAUCUCGAGUUCCUCGGCUCGAAGAUCCGGGUGCAUGAGGAAGAUGGAGCGGGUGUUGUGAAGGAAGAGGAGGUGCCAUUCGUCAAGGGUGCGACGCUGAAGUUCACGGGAUGUGGUGGGGAUGUGAACUUUACGGAGGUGAAGGCCCCGUUGAAGGAGCGCUUCGCCAAAGUGCCGUUCAUCAAGUUCGAGAAGGGCGAUGACUCUGGGCUGGUCGGGUUCGACAAAGCGCUGGAGGAAGAGGAGAUCGCGUACGUGAAAGAGAAUAUCAAAACUAUCAACUCCAACGAAGUCCAGUGGAGCAUCCCUGAAGAGGACGAAGAAAAGGCGUUCCAGGUCGAACGUGCGCAACACGGCGCCAAAACCGUCUUCGAGCGCUCACAGGGCCGCAGCAGCUCCGGUCGCGGUGGUCGCGGAGGCCGUGGUGGAGGACGCGGGGGAGGUCGUGGUGGCCGUGGCCGGGGAGGCGGACGCGGAGGUGGAAGGCGCGACGAUGGCAAGAGGUCGAACCCGUCGAAAGACGCUAGCGAGGCGAAGGAGGGCGGCGACGCGCAGGUGGGCGAGAAGCGCAAGCGCACGAUGGAGCCUGAUGGCGGCCCGAACACUGGGCUUCGCGGGCAGGCGGUGCCGCUCGUGCAGACGGUUAAGAAGGUCAAGGCGGACAGCGGGGAUGCUGCUGGUGCGUCAUGAUGUCAAGGCUACUCGCUGUGACGCGAGGACCCGGCGUAUUGGACCCCAUGGGACAAUGAAGCCCUGGACUAGGCUAGGGCUACGCAAGUUAAACAAAAGGUUAGGCCGUGUAGGCUAUCACCAGACAUGAUAUCGCUCGAUCUUGCUCUUGUAGAUUUAUGCAUAUGAAAACGGGAUGAAUGUAUCAUCGUCAAGCAACGCAAA